AUGUCAACGGAUCUGGAGGUGUUGAAUGUGACUGAACCAGCAACUGACAGAUUUCAAUCGAAACUUUUAUAUUGGGAGGAUUUUGUGAUUGGUGCAUACCUGGUGAUUAUAUGUUUCCUCGCGGUUACGCUAAACGUGAUGGUCGUGUGCACGUGCUUCUCGAACUGGUCCCGCCUGUCCCGUAACGACCGUUACAUCAUCAACCUGGCGAUCAGUGACAGCCUCAUGCCUCUCUGCGCCUUCCCACUCACCAUCUCAUCCUCGUUCUCUCACGAGUGGAUCUUCGACGAAAUAGGUUGCACAAUAUAUGGGUUCCUUGGAUUUUUCUUCGGGCUUAUCAGCAUAUUAACCUUGACAGUGAUGGCGCUUACACGUUACUGCACCAUAUGCCAACCAAAUAUCAACAUUGCAACACAGAACUGGUCCUUUCUGCUGCUGGUGUUUCCCUAUAUGUUCGGCCUGCUCUGGGCCUCUAUCCCUCUCACAGGCUGGGGAUCGUAUUCCCAGGAGAUGAAGAGUACGAAGGCGAUGGCUCGCUACUCAAACAUCACGUUAGCAAAGCGGAGGCAGCUGUCUAAUAGAGAGUCCUAUCUCACAAAGAUGACAUUUGCGAUGUCCUGGGGCUUUCUCGUCUGUUGGAUGCCAUAUUCAGUCGUCUCCAUGUGGUCGGCGUACGGCAACGCAGACCUUCUGCCAAUGAGACUCGUUGUGGUCUCUGUCUUGCUUGCCAAAUCAUCAACCGUCGUUAACCCCAUCAUAUACUUCCUCCUAAACAGCAAAUUCAGGCCGAUGCUUUUUCGAACGCUUAACACUGAGAGCGUUAAGUCGCCGCCAUUCAGAUUGAAUGGAAGCUCAACAACGAACAAUUUCAAUCGAAGCGGGACACAGGACGAGUUUAUACAUUCGGAUACCAAAUCAAAUUCAUCGUCAAAGAGAAAGAUAUUCUCAGUACUGAAAUUCAUGUCGCGGCCAGCACAAAUUAACUGUAACAAGUUCUGA